UAUAUAAGGAAGAUGUAUGCGACAGCCUCUUCUAAUCCGGGCACCAGCAGCAACUCAUUCUAAUAUAAUCAAAAAAGGGGAGACACACAGUAUGGAGGAGUCCCAUGACAUCGUCAUCGUAGGUGGUGGCAUCUGUGGCCUCGCCACCGCUCUUGCGCUCCACCGGAAAGGGAUUGCGAGCCUUGUGUUGGAGAGGUCGGAGACUUUGAGAGCAGAAGGCGGCUAUAUCGGUAUCCAUGUCAAUGGAUGGCGUGUUCUGGAGCAACUCGGGAUUGCUGCAGAGCUCCGGGAGACUGCCAACCUUAUCACCGCGUUUCACGACGUGUGGCACCAUGAAAAGAAGAGCAGCCAGACACCCGUCAGAGAGGAGACCCGAUUUUUAAAGAGGAAGGACCUGAUCGAGACGAUGGCCAAGAACAUUCCCGCUGGAGCAAUCCAUUUUGGUUGCAACAUUGCAGCGAUUCAUCCAUCAGAAUCAGAUCCCGGCGCGGUCCUUACUACAGCGGGUGGCGGGGUCAUCAGGGCCAAGGUGUUGAUUGGUUGUGACGGCACCCACUCAGUGGUUGCAAAGUAUUUAGGCAUGUCUGCGGCAAGAUCAACCCCUACCAUGUAUAUGCGUGGAUUCACAAGGUAUCCGCACGGGCAUCCCUUCGCAGACCAUUUCCUACGCCUGAGGAUCAAUCCUUGCUUUGUCGGGCGCGCGCCCGUCAGUGACACUCUAGUCAGUUACUUCGUAGCUUGUCAAAUCACUUCUGCAGAUGCAAGUGUCAUCAAGGACGGGCGUGCCAUGAGGGAUUUCGUGCUACGGAAGCUGCAAGGCGUGCAGUGCCCCGCCGAGAUCCUCGAGAUGAUCCAGAACUCUGACCCCGAGGCACUGGUCGUCACCACCAAGGUGUGGUACCGGCCGCCGUGGCAGGUAGCGUUCGCCGGCUUCCGGAAGGGCACCGUGACGGUUGCCGGCGACGCCAUGCACACCAUGGGGUCGUACAUUGGCCAGGGAGGCGCGGUGGCGAUGGAGGACGCCCUCGUGCUUGCCCGGUCGCUGGCGCGAUCACUCGCCAGGAGUGGCGGCGGUGCUAAUGAACCGUGCGACAAGACGAUGGUCGUCGGUGCGGCGACGGCGAUUAGGGAGUACGUUAGGGAGAGGAGGCUGAGGGUGGCGAGGUUGUCGUUAGAGGCCUUCUCCAUGGGGAGAAUAUUGCAAACCAAGUGGCUGGCCUUGAAGCUAGCAUGCUUGGUCAUCUUGUUUCUCCUAGGCACCAAGGAACUCGGCCACGCCAACUAUGACUGCGGCCGCCUGUAACACUCCUUUAUUGUGCGUUUUAUCUGAAAUAAAAACUCUCUUUUAUAUUGUA